AUGCCCCCGAGGGAUCUGGCAGAGCACCUGAUUGACUGCUAUUUUACCUACGUGCAUCCCAACAUGCCCGUCCUUCACAAACCGACCUUCAUGCGCCAGUAUCGGAAUCCGGAUCCAUCAAAGAGACCCGCAGUCGUGUUAUUGAAUGCUAUGUAUGCAAUCGCCUCCCGCUUCUCGAGCCAUCCAGAGAUCACAGGUGCAGGAAGCGAUCCCGAAGGGUUCGGAGACGAAUAUUUUGAUCGGGCAAAGCGACUGAUUGAUUAUGAGUACGAGUUACCUCGUCAGUCCUCGAUUCAAGCAUUACUGCUUAUGGUCACUUAUCGGUUCAUGAGCGCAAAAUCCGGUGGUCGAGUUUGGGUUUUGCUGGGAAUGGCCACUCGAAUGGCGCAGGAUUUGGGAAUGCACCGAAACUCUGCCCGCUGGCAUUUGCCCCCACUGGAAACGGAGAUCCGCAAGCGUCUUUGGUGGGCUAUCUAUAUCAUGGACCGAUGGGUGAGCGCCGGCAUGGGACGCCCUUUGGCAAUUGACGAUAACGACUGCGAUGUGGAUUACCCCUCUGUCGUGGAGCAAGACUGGGCGGAUCCUGAUGGUAGCGGGGAUUCACCUGUGGAGGACAGCGAGAAGUUGAAAGAGGAGUCGUGUUUUGCGCUGAGGUACUUUGUCGAGACCAUCAAGCUGGCAACGAUUCUGGGCCAGAUCCUGCAACGGGUGUAUUCUGCACAGACUAGGAAUCAUGGCCCGGGACAGGUCAGCUCGACGGUGGCAGAACUUGAUACGACCCUCACCAAGUGGCUCCUUGCGCUACCUCCGGACCUGAAAUACGACCACAAGGCCGAUCCGCUUAGCGUGAACAGAUGGGUGUCGACCAUCCAUAUUUCAUAUUACUCGGUAUUGAUUCUUUUGCAUCGUCCGUACAUGGUUCCAUCGUCGCUCACAAAGACAAAGCUCUCAGAGUCAAUGCCGUCGCUCAACAUCUGUGUUUCCGCUGCCAAUUCCGUGACCCAUCUAUCGGAGCUGCUCAUGGGCGAAGACUGCUUUAAAUACGUCUGGUGCUUCACAACAUACGACAUCUUUCUCUCUUCACUCAUUCACCUGACAAACUCAGCCUCGCUCGACCUGCGUCUCCAGACUCAGGCGCGCAAGAACCUGGUCAAGAUGAUCGCGUACAUGAAAAAUCUUGGCUGGCGAUGGUUCAACGCAGCAAAGUUCGCGAGCGUACUCGAAGACCUC